AGUAAAUGAACAGUGAAUUAUGAUAACUACUCGUUGAGCCAAUCGAUCUAAUCAACUGCUCCGUAUUAAUUAACGGGGGGACGUUGUCUUUUUUACUUUCACGUUUUUUAACCGAAUGCUCUAUUUGACAAUGUAAGUGAAAUUCCCCGAACAGGAACAAGCGGACGUAAGUACCCAAAGAGGACCAAAAUCUCUAGAGAAAAUGCUUGACGAUCUAAAGCUUUAUUGGUUAGAGAAAAUUACGUACACCAGAGUGCUCGCUGAGCCUGAGUUCAAUGCUGCUACUCUCCCUCCAGUUAUUGCGCCCUUACUUCGAGCACAACAAGUGUUAAAUACUGAAGGAGAGAAGAAAAGCGUUUACCUCUCCGCGAACGCUGAUGGUGAGUCAAGGUUAUUUACGAGUGGAAGAACAUAUAGGAAUGCCAAUUCGGCUGCAUUCCAGUUAAGGGCACCUGAAAGGAGUCCCAACACUGCACAGUUGUUCCCGCCUCUUAACCCGGGAGUAUGACUUAGCUUCCCUUGAGCCGAAUUGAAGGCAAAUGAAAAAAAUUAAUAUAUUGUAAUUGCUCAUUUACAUUCGAUUCCGCUCUUGAGACUACAAUACUCAUAUGUUGCUGCAACAAUAAUAGUAGCGACCUAUCUAUUGCGAAACAGCGACGGUACCUCACUUUACCUGUCUACUUUGUGGUUCAAAAUUAUGUCCUUAGUUUAGUUGUUUUUCCAGUUUCCAUGGUGUUUGGGUACUGUUAUAAUAAUGCGUUGGAAGCAAAGAAAAAUAGAAAUUGGAACCAAGGAUAAAAUUGAACCCCAACAAAUACAACAAUGGUAAGGGAUUCCAAAGAAGUGUUAAUUUCUAAGUUCAUGCAGCAACAAGAGAUUUAGAUGUGUGUGCUUCGCAGAAACCAUUGAACAACAGUCAUAACAUAGUAAAACGUCCAUUCUUACACCUUCCUUCCACAGGUGAUCAAGCAGUACUCCAUGAUAUAAUCAAGACGGGGAAGAUAGAAAUGAACCGUCUAGGAGAAUACAGUGCAGGGGAACUUAAGAACUUCUGCAAGGAAUGCAAAAUCCCUUAUUCUGGGAAGUCAAUGGUAUCUAUUUUCAAAUUAAGUAUAUGUGUUCAAGAUUGAAUCACGAAUACUCCCUUUCCAUGUUGUGCUCUUCGUCGGGAAAGGUGGCGGCGGGUACAGGGGGGGAGGAGGAGGUGGAUGGUGUCUCGUUAUGUGUGUUCGUAGUUUUCCACAUUCGAGAAAUUUUCCAGGAAGAGAUACGGAUUUGAGGGCACAAAAAAAGACCAUUGAAAAGUAGACCAAUUAGGUGGGUACGACAAAGCAGGGAUGCAUGUGAAACUAAAGCAAAACUGACUGUGCCUAAGUUUGGGACGUUGUUAAGAAAGAAGGGUGAAAUUUUUCAAACUCAAAAGAAAUGGGGGAGGUCUUUGAAAUACAGUAAAACUGAGGGAGAGGGAGGAGGUUUUAUAAUAUAGUAUGUUGUUUCUGUCCUUAGGUUGCCGUUUUUCAGAAGCUUUCCUUCGUUUCUACGUUUAUUUUGCUCCCAAAUCCGGUCUUCAUUUGUGAGCCGACGUUAAGUUUACCGCCCCGGGGUAUACCUUGUUGAAUGUUUCCAUUUUAUUACCAAGGAUACCGAGCAUAACGGUUACCGUUGAAAGAGAUUAUGGUUUAUGAGCUUGCGCUAAUUGCAACAGGCUUUUUGUUUUUGGGAGGAGGUGGGGAACUUGUGGCCCGUUUUGGAACUAUCCUAUCCACUCGCGGGGAUUUCGCUAAAAAAAGUACCCCUCUUCCCCCAUAAGUCAAAAACACCUGUCUCCCCCACCUAUUAAACAACAAAAAAACUCAUUUAAAAAUAUCAAUUUUCUUUUAGGCAAAGAUGAAAGCAGACUUGAUGACUCUUUAUAAAGGAAUCCUUUAUGGCUUUUGUCCUUGCCAUGGCUACAAUAAAAAAUCUGGCAAAACUGGCGGGUUUUACCACAUGGUGUGCAGGCAUGGGGUAAGCUAUGUAAAAGAGGCAAAUAUUGUGCAAUAUUAUGGCAAUUGUUUAUCUUUAUUUAAAUCGUUAAUCCUUGGCAAAUACCAUGAGUUCUGAGAAGAAGUUUUAAAUUUGAGCAUUUCAAUAAUGGCAUUAUCAUGGGCCAAUGUGCAUCAUAACUCACACUGUAAUGGCCCUUAAGUAUGAUUACGCCAGACUAGCAAAUGUCACCAACACGCUUCGUUUGUAAACAAGUAUUUCUAAUUUUCCACAGUGCACUGUGGCAUCCAAAAUACUGGUGCUGUCUGAGUCUGUCCGUGAUGCGGCAGAUCUCUACUUAUCAGUCAAGUACCAGCCAAUAAUCCUGAUCAACGACUCACCAUGUGGUUUUGUGCGGCAUUUAGAGUGCAGGGAUGCAGAAAGGGCAAACCAACUGUGGGGAGAAUUUUCCGGUUGUUUUCAGCGUCCAAAGUAUGCCACAACUAUCCGCCGGGUAAGGAAGUAAUGAUCAGUCUUGUUUUACUAUACAUUAAAAUACACUGUAAAAAAUAUGAUUUACAAGGAUUUUUAGGGAGAAUAAUUAUUAAUUCAUUGUUGAUUUUUUCUUUUUGAUGUGACUUUGUAUCCAUCACGUAACAUGGAAAAUUUGUGUAUUCUUUAUUGAAAAAGGACCACAAUUUUCCAGAAAUUGUUCCAGCAGAAUACAGAACUGCAGGAGAAACUAGCAGCACUGAAUCACCACACACACAUCCCUACACAGGAACUACCAGGGGGUUUGUCCUUCAAGAUCGCUUUCAUGCAUCAAAAAAACCCCACAAGUCUCCUUUGUGCCUCUUCCAUGAUGUCAACCUCUGUCAGCAGUCAAAUUGCAUCACUACCAGCACACAGGAGUCUGAAAACUCAAGAAAAAAUCAACGCAGAUUAAGAAGUACCUGUGCCCAAAACUUUGGUCUGCACUUCCUCUACAAUUACCUCAUGGACUAUUACCAAAACAAGGCCAUCGUAAAAGCCCAGUAUAAUUCCCUUAAACCUUAUUUAAAGUCUGGGCAAUCAAUUUCAAGAGACAAAUUCCAUAGAUUUAUAAUAAUAAGUAACAAUUAA